AGGACACUAUAUACCCGCCACCUAGCGGAUGAGGCAAGAACCAAAAACAAGAUGGCGAACUAUCCUGCAAGCCGACACACUCUGUUUUUCCGUGGUUUCUUCGCACAUGUCGACCGUGAUGAAAUAAGGGAUUUCUUCAAGAAGGAUGGUGGAUACAGUACUGUUGAAUUCUGCAAAUAUUCUGAUGAUGGCCGUAACUUGUUUAUUGCACUUCGCUUCGAUUCUUCUGAGAGAGCACGAAUGAUUCUUGACAGGUAUAAUGGGGCCUAUGUUCUUAACUGCCGUAUAUAUGUGAACUGGUACAAGGAAAUGAGACGAAAUGACAGUGACCGAGAUCGUGACAGGCGAGACAUUUCUCCUUCUCGAGGGAGUUUCCGUUACGAAGACAGUGCAGACAGACGACGUAAUUGGCGACCUGCCCACAGGUCUGGAGAUUACAGUAGAAGAUCAUAUUCUCGUAGUCAGAGUCCAGACAACAGAGCGAGGAGUAAUAGUCCCCAAAGAAGACGUACCCGGAGUAAAUCAGGUGGAAGUGAUUGGAAUCGUCGGUCCUCAUCACCUCGCAGACGUUCUUGGACUCCCGAGGAUAGGAGUGAAUCUAAACCACAAAUAAGGUCAGAAGUUAAUCAAGCACGAGAUUUAGAACGCGAGUCAGAAUCAGAUCAACACAACCAAGAAGACUCCCCUCAGAAAAAGCGCAGUCGCUCAGAUGUGCCUGGCAGUGAAUCCUUGGAAGACCCUGAGAGGAUGAGCCCUGACCCUAAUGAAACUGAGACUUCAGGAGAUAAGCCAACGCUCAAUUUUAGCCUCAAGAGUAAAUCUAACCUUCAGAAAUCCAUAAAUGUGUUCAAUGAAAAGAUUGAUGACGAAGAUAGUGGUGUGAAGGAACCUCGUGGUGGAAUUCAUAGACGUGUCGUGACAACUGAUGUUAACACUAUAGCAGCAAAGAAACAACAGAUCAAGAAAAAGAAGGGUGGUAAAAUGGAUUCGGAACUUGAAGAAGGCGAGAUUAUUUCUAGUCAUAAUAUGGAUGAUGAAUGGGAGGCCAAAACAAGACAGUUUCUCGAGGAGAAAUGCAAAGUUAAGAGUGAUGAUAUCACACCCGCCUCCGGGAUUGCAGACACAGUAAGUCCAAGUCAAAGUUUACCCAUAAGCAAUAAGAGUGUCAGCCCAAAACAGUCGCAAUCCAGCAAACGCAGCAAUGAUAAAAGAGAUGACUCCGUUGUGACUCCAGGAAGACAGGAUUCCAGAAAAUCUGUCCCAAGUCCAUCUAGAUGGGACAGCAGUAGAAGCCGAAGUCGCAGUCAUAGCCGUAGCAGCAGUAGCUCACGAUCUACAUCUCAUUCCCGCAGCCCCAGUCCUAUUCCAAAAGCGUACAGGAGCAGAUCUCGUAGCAGCACCCCUGGUAAAAGAUAUAAAAGAAGUGACACAGAGUCUUCUGAGGAAAGGUCUCCAAGUCCAAACACUAAACGAAGGAGAACUGCUGGUUGGCUAGACAGGUUCUACAAGAGAAGAGAUGACAAGCGUAGAAGGAAGGCAGAGAGGAGAGAAUUAGAAAGACAGGCAGAGAAGGCAAAGAAGAAGAAAGAAAAGUCAAAGCCAAAGAAAGAUAAGUCAAAGAAGAAAAAGAAAGAUAAGAAAAAGCGAAAAUCUGAAAGUAAAGCAGAUCGUGGAAAUUACUCAAGCGAUGAUAGCAUAAAGGAUGAGGACUUGUUGAGGUUACAAGGUGUUAGCGACAACAAUAUUAAAGAUAUUCCACAUAAGGUGACAUCACCAAUUAAAGAAACAAAUGUGAACUCCAUUGUCCCACCUGUGAUGCCAAACUCAAACCCAGGGAACAUUAGUACCUCAACUCAACUUACAGAAAAACCCAAGCCAAUGGAUGUUGAAAAGCCAGAAGUCGCAAAACCACCUGUAGUAGAACGUGAAGAGCCAACUGAGGAAACGCAAGAGGAACAUGGUAACAAUGAUGAACCUAUGGAAGUGAAUGGCAACGCUAAUGAUGGUACUGACGAGGAGAGUAUUAGUGCAGAGGAAGAGGAGGAUGGAGUUGAUAUGACUUCAUUUGAUGCUAACGCUAUGGUUGGGCUUACUAAACAGCAGAUGAAAUUGUUAUUGGAGAAAAAAGAAGAAAUUGAAAAGGCAUAUCGUCAAGAUUGUGAGACAUUUGCGACUGUUGUUAGAAUGCUGAUUAGCAAAGACAGUAAAUUGGAGGAGCAGCUGCAAUUUAGCUUAAAGGAAAACUUGAAGGAGUUGGGGAAGUCUUGCAUAGUUGAACUCCGGUCGUAUGUGGAACAGCUCAAAGCUGAGAGCAAUACUGAUGUUACCACCACGUAAUAUUACUUCAAGGAAUGUCUGAUCAUUAUUGAAAAUCGUCCACGUAUUUAAGUAUCGUAUUCUCAUAGCUUUACCAUCAUAGCUAUAAUGCUAUGAUAGUAUGUGUGACAAGAUCCACU